CCCGUGUGUGUGUGCAUGGCUGGGGCUUUCUGCUUCGCCUCACUCCCAUCUAAUUGCUGGGCUGACGGUCACGACUCUGCUCCACACCUCCAGGCUUCACACAGAGGAGAGGAGGAUCGGAGAAAGGAGAGAAGCAGGCACACAACUGCCCUAUGGAGCGAUCGAUAACUUCCUCACCUAGCAGCAGAAUUGCAUAGAGGAGGGGAGGGAGGGGAAGGAGGAGGAGGAUACGGGAAAAAAGAAAAUCCAGAGAAUUCUGCUCUUGCAAAUGUAGUAAAACUGAGUGGUUGGAGUUCAUUUGCUCGAGAAGAGCAGAGAAGAAAGAGGACAUUAAAUGAAAAAAAGCAAGAAAGGUCUGUAGCCCUUUUUCCCGAUAGUAGCAGUGUUUUAGAGGUAAAAUGAUUCCUCCGAGCAGCAUGACUGAAGUCAGCGUGGAUAGCGUGGAGAAAGAGAAUGAAAUGGAGAGCACAGAGCAGCCCCCCUCUCCAGCAUCAACCACCAGCCAGGAAUCAAAGCCCUGUGCCACGACCAGCAGUAGAGUGCUGUGAGAAACCUCUGAUUGCGGUGCCUGCUCUGACACUCCUACUUCUGACUUCUGAAUUCUCCCUGUCACCUGGGAGGCUCAGGGUUCUGAACUGGGAAAACAUUUGCCUUUUGAGAUGUUUGUGUCUGGGGAAUUUGCUGCAGAAGCUGAAAAGGUCACUCUCCUUCAAGACCAAAAGCUUGCGGAGUAAAAGUGCAGACAAUUUCUUCCAGAGGACUAACAGUGACGUGAAACUGCAAGUGGACUUGAUGCCUGAGGUGAGCACGAGCACAGGGCAGCUCCCCAGCUCAGAGAGCCAGGCAUCCUCCCCCACCAGAGCCCAGCAGCUGCCAGAAAACAAGGCUCACAUCUUCCAGGAGCACAUCUUCAAAAAACCCACCUUUUGUGAUGUCUGCAACCACAUGAUUGUUGGGACAAAUGCUAAACAUGGACUGCGCUGUAAAGCUUGUAAGAUGAGCAUCCACCACAAGUGUGCAGACAGUACUGGACAACAGCGUUGCAUGGGCAAGCUGCCAAAGGGAUUUCGACGGUACUACAGCUCACCACUACUCAUUCAUGAACAGUUUGGCUGCAUCAAAGAAGUGAUGCCUAUUGCCUGUGGCAAUAAAGUUGAUCCUGUGUACGAAACUCUCCGCUUUGGGACUUCCUUAGCUCAGAAAACUAAGAAGGGCAGUUCUGGCAGUGGGUCUGACUCUCCCAACAGGAAUUCUACAGCCGACCUGGCAGAAGUUCCUGAGGAAGCCGACAGCAGCCUUGACAUAAGCAGGAAACGCAGCAACAGUGUGUUUACAUAUUCUGAAAAUGGCACAGAACACUUUGGAGAAGAACCAAAAAAUAUACAUUCCCCGGGACCAUUUUAUAAAAACACGCUACAAAUGAACACUUAUGUUGCCUUGUACAAAUUUGUACCACAAGAAAAUGAAGACUUAGAGAUGAGGCCAGGGGAUAUGAUCACUCUUCUGGAAGACUCCAAUGAAGAUUGGUGGAAGGGAAAAAUUGAUGACAGAACUGGAUUUUUUCCUGCUAACUUUGUUCAGAGAGUGCAACAUGAUGAGAAGAUUUACAGGUGUAUCAGGACAUUCAUUGGCUGCAAGGAGCAGGGACAGAUAACUCUGAAAGAGAACCAGAUUUGCGUGACUUCGGAAAAGGAACACGACGGUUUUAUCAAAGUGUACAGUGGGAAGAAGAAAGGUUUUGUCCCCAUAGACAUCUUAGAAAACAUCUGAUUUCAACAGCCCACUUGCUGCAGUAGGAGCCCUUUGUUGGCAAUGCCUGUCUGCCUCAUCUCACACUGUGUCAACCCAGAUGGGCUGUCUUGCAGAUGUUCAGGGAAAUUGUGAGAAAACCGCAACUACAACAAGAAAAAGACAUUUAGACUGCCACAGCAACACUAAGAAAUAAGAAAAGUGGAAUGAUUGGAAGAAAAUAUAGCCAGAAAACAGCAGGAAAAUUAGAGGUCCUUGGAAACUAACAGGAAUAAGGUAAGAAAAAGAAGUCUGGGCUGAUUUCUAGUGCAAGAUGGCUAUUAUGACCCUGAUGGAGACAGAUGGCUGCUCUGAACAACUAAACUCACAUCCUGUUCUUGUGUCAUAGGUAACUGUUGGGCAGCUUUCCUUUUUGAGGUGUGUAUUUGGGGGGAGGGGGAAAAAUACCAUUCAAACUGUCCUCGUACUUCAGUCCAGUGCUUGUAGUAAAGUGUGGCUGUGGUUCUAGAGUUUUGUCCCCAGUAUCAACCGAUCAGUUUAAGCAUUUAAUCCUGAUUUUUAGUCUCAUAACAAAGCAGUCUGGAGUCACCAUGUGAACGUCAGUCCAAGAAAUGCACUGUGCCCUGGAGGUCGGCAGCUUUCUCUUUCUGUGCCAUCUUACCACACAUAAGAGUAGCUACCCUUGUGUAUCCUUUGUUUUCUCUGUAUACAAACAAAAUCUCUCAGCCUGCAUCAGGUGUGAUGGCUGCUCUCAUAGCUCA